AUGCCUUUCUCUACUCUCGCCAAGGAAAUUAUCCUAUUAAUCCUAGAAGAACUCGACGAGCUGUCCGUCUUCAAUUGCUGUAAGGCGUCUCGAGAUGUCUUCUUAAUCGUGUCUGGAACAACCGCUUUACGAUACAAAUACGAACUGGCACUGCGAGGCAUGAGGGAUGGCCCAACAAGCACCGUGUCCGUCCGCGAUCGUCUGGCACGACUUCUUGCUCAUCAGACUGGCUGGGCCACACUGAACGAAUUCCACUUGGACGCAUUACGCACGACGCCGCCCACCAUCAUUGGUGUCUCAGGCAACUUCCUCUAUCACGCCAGCGAAACCGGGAUACCAAACGCCGCUUUCCAGUGGACUCUCCGAAUAUUCGAGCUGCGCUCGUACCGAAGACCGGUAUCCACACCCUUACUCUACCGACAAUAUAAUGUUCCCUUCGAUAUUCGCAAGAUCGCUAUAGACCCUACUCAAAAUUUAAUGGUUCUUGGAGAACUUCACUUUCCAACCAAUAAUACGGCCAUUCUGGCGCAUAUCUACUUCUUCGAUCUCAUGGUUGCUCAAAAGCAUGCUCGCGCUAGCCAACUACGCUUUACCUUCCCGACAGAUUGGUGGGGCACUCAACCCGCAGGCCAUCGCAUAUCUAUCAAGCAAAUCGAGAUAUACGGAGAUCACGUCGGCGUGUCUCUCCAGUUUGAGAUUGUCGAUGGCGAGCAUGCUACCGAGCUCCUCGUUGUGGAUUGGGUCAACAGCGCUAGUAGACAGAGAAGAUACGCUGGCGAAAUGCUUUCAUUUGAUAUCAUCAGCGACUCGCGACUCCUGGCAAUUUCCCAGCCAGACGUGGACCAGGAUUCGGACAGCGAAGGCUCGGGCUCGGGCUCGUCUUGGGAGCGCACGUCCGAUGGCCUCUACGCCAUCGAGCAUGGCUUAGAAGCACCACGCUUAUCCAUCUUUGACAACAGCAGUCUCGCGUCCCACCCACAGAUCGGUCACUUCCGCACCUUCGAGUUCCCCGAUUUCUGUAAAGCUGUAUCGCUCGUUAAGAUCUAUCCAAACGUGUCCACCAAGGCUACCUCUGGCAUCUCUCCCGGCACAACGUUCUUUUCCGACCCCUCCAAGCGUCUCUUCGUUGUCUUCGUUCAGCUCAAGCCGGACAGCAUCCCUGCUGGCUACUCUCGCAACCUCCUCUUCGUCGUCCCCGAGAGCCUUUUCGGGCUCGUGGAUGGAACGCCGGGCGAAGAAUUCCUCCGCUGGGAAGAAUGGCAGGAUCACUGCACCAUCGUCAACAUGCCGGACGAGGGGGACUCGAUCAAGGUCGUCGGGCAGCGCGUCGUCCUGCUUGAAAACACGCGAACCUGCGGUGACAACGGCACACCCGUACCGAGCUUGCUCCAUAUCAUCGACUUCAACCCGCACGCGGCGGAGAUCAUGGGCUCGAUGGCGCAGUCGCAGUUGCAGGCGGAGCCGCCGUGGUUUUGGCACGGGAAGCUGCCUGCAAUCUCGCAUGUGGGCGAGAAUGUGCCUGUUCCGUAUGUGUGGACGAGGAGCGAGUAUUGCCAUGAUAUAACAUGGGUUGAUGCCACGGAGGAUAAUCUUGUGAUUUACAAGGAGUACGAAGGCGAAACCAUGGUCAAAGUCUUCACCUUCGGCAACGAACCGGAUGUCAACGGCGGCGGUCCCUCGAGCAUAUAG